AGUUACUAUUUUCUUCUUCUGAACAGCACUUUGGCGAGUGUCUCCCGAAGUGUUAGAUGUGAAGUUGUAGAUCCUUGGACCAACUCGUCUUCAUCGUAUAAUCUAUGCGUCAAAGAUAGAGCUUUAAAAAGGCCUAUCGUUUUCCUCUCAUCGCUCAAGUGUUAAGAAAAGCGAAAUGGUCCUUGCUGAUCGCAACGACGACUCGAGGAUUGGCCGGAGAUCCCACACUUCGAGUCCGAACGGGCAUUUGACCGACGAAGGGAGCGCUACUGAUGACUCCGAACAAGCCGAUUCCCUAAAAAUGUCUGCAAAAGAAAACGUUGCUCAAUACCAUGGGAUGAGAGUUGGAGAUGACUACCAAGCAUCCGUCCCGGAGAUAAUCUCGGCUACUGAAGCCUGCCCAGACUUUGCUCCAGAACGAGCGCUCCUAGUGUGGUCGCCGUGCUCCGAGAUUCCGGAUGGAAGGCUGAACGAGUACAUAACGUUGGCAAAGGAGAAGUACGGCUACAAUGCAGAGCAGGCACUGGGUAUGCUAUUCUGGCACAAGUAUGACCUGGAGAAGGCGGUUGCAGAUCUGGCAAACUUCACUCCGUUUCCGGAUGAAUGGACGGUCGAGGAUAAAGUUCUCUUUGAACAGGCGUUCCAGUUCCACGGCAAGAACUUCCACAAGAUCAGGCAGAUGCUUCCGGACAAGACCAUUCCGAGCCUGGUCAAGUACUACUACUCGUGGAAGAAAACACGUACACGGACAAGUCUCAUGGAUCGGCAGGCGCGCAAGCUGGCUGUGGCGCGUGAUGAAGAGAGCGAUGGCGGCUCGGAACAGGCGUCGGAAAACGAGAGUGACAUGGACGCCGACAACGGCGAGAUUAAGGAAGAGAGUGUCGGAAAGGGCAGCUGUGGCAACUGCAGCGCUUCCUCCGUUCACCUGUAUGCAUCGAGCAAAGGAAAUCUCUGCAAUGCCUGCUACCAAUAUUGGAAACGCACAGGCCUUCUGAAAGGGUGUGCAAGCAGCGGAUCCCUGCGGAAGCACGAGUCACGCCAUCAUCCUGGCGGAGGGGGAAGGGCGAAGCGUAAACCACCCCGGGGGAUGUUUCUUCAGUACGACGACCUGGUUGCCAUGGCGACGGGGCCACCGGGUCAGGGGGAUGCCAUUUUACGUGCCAUGGACUCCGAGGUGAUCUCACUCAAGCGACAGGUGCAAAAUAACAAGCAGAUAAUCAGCCAGCUAAAGCACAAGACGUCACUAGGCAUUGAGAAUCUGCGACCACCAGAGGGGAACACGAGAGUCAACUCAAAGUGGAGCAAUGACGAGCUCCUCAUUGCAGUUCAAGGUAUCCGCAAAUAUGGUCGAGAUUUCAAGGCAAUCGCCGAAGUGAUCGGCAACAAGACGGAGGCGCACAUACGGAGUUUUUUCGUAAACUACCGUAGACGUUACAACUUGGACGCCGUUCUGCAAGAAUUUGAAGCCGAGCAUGGCAUCACUUCGUCUGACGAGAAGGAAGAGAAGCCUGAAGCCCCAAAAGACGGAAACAACAGUGCAGGGGGGAGCAGCUGUGGGAGUCGACCCACCUCACCCGCUGCGGGAUCUGCCAACGGUUCGGCAGGCAACCCACCGCCAUUGCUCAGACCGACGGGAUCUCUUCAUCGCAAGCCCACGCCACCACCCCUUCAGCAGACAAGAGCUGGUACAUGGUCCAUACUUCAGCAGCCUCCUCCGUUGAUUCGUCCGUCAGCAAGCGCAACCACGGUGCUUCAUGGGCAAGCCCUCUAGACCUUUCACCCUCUCCUUCCUUUGAGUGUCUAUUUUGAGGUCAGAGGCGACAUAUCCGGGUGAAGACAAUUAAAAGAAAGUGGUGGGUGGUGAA